GAAUUAGGUUAUUGGUCACUUCAGGAUUUAAAAUUGGCAGUCGGACAGAAAUUCAGAGACAGAUUCAAAACAACCCGAUGUAGCAGGACACCCUGUAAUGGGCCAGGAGUUGAAAAAUCUUAUCGUUUUAUUUUCUUAAUUUUUUUUAAAAUUAUUUUUAACAGGACAGCAAUUCAUGCAGCAGGACAUCUUUGCAUUUUGCUUUUCUUAACUUCUUUUAAAAAUGUUAUGUUAUUUCCCAUCAGUCCAGUAUGUUUUGGAAAUUCGACCUACAUUCGUCAUCUCACAUAGACACCCUUUUGGAAAGAGAUGAGGUGACACUAAAGGAAUUGAUGGACGAGGAGGACAUACUGCAAGAAUGCAAAGCUCAGAAUCGGAAGCUUGUGGAGUUUUUAUUAAAAUCUGAAUGCUUAGAAGACUUGGUGACUUUCAUAACCGAGGAACCACCCCAAGACAUGGAUGAGAAGAUCAGAUACAAGUAUCCUAAUUUGUCUUGUGAGCUGCUAACCUCUGAUGUGUCACAGAUAAACGACAGACUAGGAGAAGAUGAAACUUUACUCAAGAGACUAUACGCCUUUCUUUUAAAUGAUCCUCCCCUCAAUCCUUUGCUCGCCAGCUUCUUCAGCAAAGUCUUAAGCAUUUUAAUCAGCAGGAAACCAGAACAGAUUGUGGCAUUCUUAAAGAAAAAAGAUGACUUUGUCAACCUGAUCAUAAAACAUAUAGGAACCUCUGCAAUUAUGGACUUGCUGCUACGACUUCUUACGUGUAUCGAGCCACCACAACUCCGACAAGAUGUCCUAAAUUGGUUAAAUGAAGAGAAGAUCAUUCAAAGGCUUGUAGACAUUGUUCACCCAUCACAGGAUGAAGAUAGGCACUCAAAUGCUUCACAGUCGCUCUGUGAGAUUAUACGUCUGAGCAGAGAUCAGAUGCUACAAGUACAGAACAGCUCAGAGCCAGAUCCAUUGCUUGCCACUCUGGAAAAUAAAGAAAUUUUAGAGCAACUUUUAUCGAAUAUAUUUUUGAAAGAGAAAAACGAAUCUGCCAUAGUCAGCGCAAUACAGAUUUUGCUGACUUUAUUAGAAACCAGAAGACCGGCAUUUGAAGGCCAUAUAGACCUUUGCCCUCCUGGAGUGAACCAUUCAGUGUUUUCAGUCAAUAAAAAUGUUCUGGCAGCUAUUCAAGAAAGACUUCCAUCUUUUCACCAGCUCCUUCUGGACCCUCCAAAGACUGGUGUAAUGAAGACAACGUGGGGAAUUCUUGAUCCUCCUGUAGGGAAUACCAGGUUAAAUGUGAUCAGGUUAAUAGCAAGUUUACUCCAGACCAAUACACAUACAAUCAACGAGGAACUUAUUGAGCUGAACACAAUGGGAGUUAUACUGGACAUGUUUUUCAAAUACUCUUGGAACAAUUUUCUUCACACCCAAGUAGAAAUCUGCAUUGCACUCAUACUUGCCAGCCCUGGUGACUCUCCAGAGCACAGCACAAUUAGUGAGGAGAACUCCGCUGGAGACCAUGUUCUUUUAAAGCAUCUCUUCCUGAAAUGCCACUUAAUAGAUCGAAUACUUGAAGCUUGGGCCAUGAACGAAAAAAGACAGUCUGAAGGAGGACAGAGGUACGGCUACAUGGGUCACUUAACGCGAAUAGUAAACUGCAUCGUUCAUAGUAUAGAGAAGGGGCCAAACAGUGUUCUAGCCCACCAGCUUGUCAAAGAUUUGCCAACUGAUGCCCAGGAAAGAUGGGAAACUUUUUGCACAAGUUCACUGAGUGAAACAAACAAGAGAAACACAGUGGACCUGGUUACAACAAGACAUAUCCACUCCUCCAGCGACGAUGAAAUUGAGUUUAAAGACCCUGGCUUCUCACAAGAUUCUGCCAUACAGCAGUUUGGCUUCAAUGAUGAGAAGUUUGCUGACCAAGAUGACAUCGGGAACGUCUCAUUUGAUCGAGUGUCCGACAUCAACUUCUCCCUUAAUGCGAAUGAAAGCGCUAACAUCGCUCUGUUUGAGGCCUGCUGCAAAGAGAGAAUACAACAGUUUGAUGACGGUGGAUCAGAUGAGGAAGACAUCUGGGAAGAGAAAAAUAUUUCCUACUCACAAGAAACACAAAGGAGGUCAAGCUCAGGAAGCACAGACAGCGAAGAGAGCACAGAUUCCGAAGAGGAAGAAACCAUUAAGCAGGGAUUUGAGUCAAGCACAGUUAACCACGAAGACAAAAUGGAAGUUGAUGCUAAUGAAGCAAGCAACUGGACUGCAAACUUCGACAUACCAAUGGAAACGGCACAUGUAGCAAACCUGGACUCUGAUGGUUCUGAUGUAUGGAGCACAGAAGAGCCUUUGUCUUCUAAAGAAACUGACUGGGCUUCUUUUUCUCAACUCACAUCUCCAAUUAAUACAAAAGAGUCUGUAAGAAGUAGUUCUCCUGUCGAAAUGGAAACAAGCACAGAGCCAGUGGAUCCUCUUAGUGUAAAUGCGUCCGCACAAACCGAAGUUACUGUUGCUAUGGAUGCAGUUUCUGACGGGGAAGAGGAAGGGGAAAAUGCCGAUCAGAUGACAGAAACUGUGAUGAAUGGCAGCAUGAAAGAAACGCUCAGCCUUACCGUAGAUGCAAAAACAGAGACCGCUGUUUUUAAAAGUGAGGAAGGAAAACUGACUACCUCUCAUGAUUCAGCUUGUAAAUAUGGUGUAGUGGAAAACUCUGACACAGCAAUGGAAAAUCCUCCUUCACAGCCCAGUAGUAGCAGUCAAGAACAGAGAAUCUCGGAACAAAUCGCGUUAGAUGGAGCUUCAGCAAAUGGGCCAGUAUGAUGCGAUACCUGUUGCCAAGUUGAAGACUGCUGACUGAUAUCCACAGGGGAUUUAAAUAGCCGACUUGAGGAUUUCGGGGGAAAAAUGCCUGUCAAAGCCAGUCACUGCUGCACUAACUUUGCAAGGGAUCAGGACCAGCAACAUUUUUUUUUUUUUUUCCCUUUUUUGAUUUUAAGGUGUUGUACAGUGUAAAAACAAAAACAAAAAAAAAAAACCAAUCGCACAUUGACAAAUAAGACUUUUUGUGUAUGUUUAUAUUGUAUUGUUCUAAAAA